AUGGAAAAGAUCCUGGAGAAGCUCACGACUCUUCAGCGGGAAAUUGACAGACCCGAUGACUACCUUUUUGAUGUGCAAACACCGUUGGUGGUGAAGAAGGACGAAUUCCGGCAGCUUGUCGCUGAGGCCUUGGCUCCUCCUAUUCCUGCGGUGGGGACGUCAGCUGAGGAGCUCCAGCUGAUGCUCCGCAUUAAGGAAGUGGAGCUGAGUAAUUGCAAGUUGGAGGUGGAAGCAAUGCACCUUAGGGUGAGAGCGCUAGAGCUAGAAUGCCAGCCUUGUAGCCCCAACCCUUCACCACUCACACCUGGUCUCCCCCAGGCUCCCCAUCAAGAUUUUGAUGUGGUUUUUCCGGCAUGUGUGGUUACAUGUGCUCAAGCUCGUCUCCUUGGUGACGUGGUGGACAUAUCUGAGACGUUCUUGGAUGGCUCUGAAUCACAUACUAGCCCUUCCCUGGAGCAGGUGGCUGUAACCAGUUCUGUGUCCUACCAAUUUGACCACGGGGUUCUGUUGCGCAAGUGGACUCCGGUGUCUGGGUUAGAGGGUGAUGUGCUGAUGAAUAUGGUGCUAUUGGGUGUCCAUGGCUGUGAAGUUUACUUAGACGAUAUUGUAGUUUAUUCACCAACAUGGCCAGAGCACAUGGACACGCUGCAGGAAGUUUUUGCCCGGUUUAAGGAUGCCUGCCUGACAGUGAAUCUUGCCAAGUGCGAGUCCGGCAAUGCUGUGGUUACCUAUCUGGGGGAACAGGUGUUUAAUGAUCCCAUCCAUGGCCACAUCGAGUUACCUCCACUUCUUGUCAAGAUCAUAGACACGCCCCAGUUUCAGAGACUACGAAAAAUCAAGCAACUUGGGGGCGGUUAUUAUGUUUUUCCAGGAGCGUCACACAACCGCUUUGAGCACUCAGUUGGAGUGGGGCAUUUGGCAGGAGAGCUUGUAAAAGCUUUGAGGGCAAAACAGUUGGAGGAGCCGUCACUGAACUCAGAAUCCCUCAUCAAUGACCGAGAUGUCCUUUGUGUGCAGAUUGCAGGCCUUUGCCAUGACCUGGGUCACGGGCCUUUUUCUCAUGUCUUUGAUGGAAUGUUCAACCCUCAAGCAGACCCAAAUGGUGAAAAAUGGGAGCAUGAGGAUGCCUCUAUAUUAAUGUUUGAUCACCUAGUGGAUGACAAUAAACUGACGCCAGUGAUGAAUGAGUACGGACUGAUAACAGAAGGUGACAAUGAGAAUGACCUGGUGUUUAUCAAGGAGAUGAUUAAAGGAUCUGUGAAGAACAAUUCACCUCUGAAUGAGGUAUUCAUCUUGUAUAAAGGUCGAAACAAUGAAAAAUCCUUUCUCUAUGAAAUUGUGGCAAACAAACAAAAUGGAAUAGAUGUGGACAAGUUUGACUACUUCGCAAGGGAUUGCCACCACCUGGGCAUCCAGAACAACUUUGACCAUCGACGCUUUAUCGUAUUUGCCAGAGUGUGUAAUGUGGACGGGCAGUUGCACAUUUGUUCUAGAGACAAGGAAAUAGCAAAUCUGUAUGACAUGUUCCACACAAGAAACUCUCUCCACAGAAGAGCCUACCAGCACAGAGUAAAAAUGGCAGUAGAGAUUAUGAUUAAAGACGCUCUCUUAAAAGCAGAUCAGGACCUCCAAAUUAAAUGGGCAGAAGGGGAGGCUUGCUGUCUCUCCGAAGCUAAAAAGCACAAGGAGGCAUACACCAAGCUGACAGAUGAAGUGAUUGAACAAAUACUCCACUAUGAUGCUUCCACCCCUUCCUCUCUGGAGGAGGCAGCACAGAUUAUACAGAGGAUAAUGCGUCGAGAUUUGUACCAGCUUGUGGGUGAAAUAAAGCUCAAGAAAAAAGACCAAGAGAAAGCAGAGGACGUGACUAAACGUUUAAAAACAGAACUGGCUAAAGUCAUUCCUAAGGAUGGAAAACAGGAUAAAAACGACAACUUUGAAGUUAAAGUUGCCAAAUUUGACUAUGGAAAGAAAAAUGAAGACCCGAUCAGUAACUAUACAUAUUUCUACAGCAAGUUUAACCCUACCAUUGGAUUCAAGAUCAAGCCAGAAGAGGUAUCCAAUCUUCUCCCAGAAUGCUUUUCUGAGAAGCAUAUUAGAGUUUACUGGAAGAGACGUAAUGAUAAGCGUCUGGAAGAUGCAAAGAAGUGCUUCGAGGCUGUGAAAAAGAGUCUGCUGUCAUAA